AUGCACACUGACGACAUUCCAGUCCCACAACAAGUGUGGGAAGAAUCUUGCGGUAGCAGUCGAUCUGUGUCAGAAGGGAGCUUGAAUGCUUCCAGUGAACAACUUGCGCUCUCGGGAUUUGCCUAUCAACUCACUUCCAUCAUUGGAAGUGACGAUGGAAGCAUUGCGGAUGAAGUUCACGUUCAAGAAGAAGCCAAGCUCCUCAUGAGCUUGAGUUGCUCGUCGCCUGUCAAUCACAGCACGCAGAGCAGCAGCAACGGUGGAAGUACUACUACGAACAAAACCAAUGCUACGACUCCUUCCACUACCACGAACAACAGCAACAACCACUACAACACAACAUCCACGGGUCGCAUCACACCGUCGAGCGACACUUCGUCGUGCUAUAGCAACACAAGCUCCAAACGAGACUCCUUUGGCUUUACAUGCCCUUCGCUUUCCCUCGAGAACCAUUCCCGAGAAGCAGAUUGCAACUACCAAAGUCAACAGCCACAUGAUCAUCAAUCCACUCAAGAACCCUCCUCCUCUUCGUCUUCCUCCCAGUCUUCAUUACCAUCCGUUCUCCUUGGUCGCUCUUUGAAAAUUGACGACAAGGAUGCAUUGCGGCUAUCGUCCGAAGCGAUGGGGAGAAACAUUCUUCAAUCUUACAAAAAAGCAUUGGAAUGGAGAAUCAAAUCCUGGGAACACUCGCUCUCCAAGAUUCUAGUAAGGAAGGAACGGGACCUUGCUGCUACUCUUGAUGAAGCAGCAAUGCAAGCGCUACUAACAUCGGGGGAAGCCAACUUAUUGCUGGCACUUCAAGUGAUGGAAACCAAGUUGAGAGUGAUUGAUGCUACUACCUCCUUCAAGGUUCUACCACAACGCCUCAACAAAGAACAUUUCAAUUCUGAUAACAAUUCGGAUCAACAACACCCAAGCAAAAAGCAGCGCAUUGAUGUUAAUAGUGCUGCUGCUUCUGCUGGUUUGGAAGAAACCGAGUACGAAUAUCAAGUGGCUCAUGCCAUGACUUUGGAAGGCUGUUUGAACAUUCAUACUCCCGCUGGCUACUGCAAGAUUGAAUUGGAAGUCCCAGGAAGCAUGACCGGGACCUUUCUCAGUCAUGGUGAGGGAGAAGAGCUGACGGAUGUCAGCAUGGAUGUCAACACUGACAUUCUAGCAGCCAUGAUUGAAAAGAGUAGCCGGAAGGUAAUAAGAGCAGCAGCGGAAGCCUUGCUCAAGGGUGAAGUGGCUGAGGAGGAAGAGCCCAAGAAGGAAGAACAAGUUGCUACUGAAGUUACUGAAGCUGAAGCUGAUACAGCCAAGGCGAUAUGUUCACAAGAAGAUGGUGCGAUGGACCUUCACGAAGAGGAGGUUGUUUCCACCACCCAACCAGAACCCACUACUUCCACUCCCAAACGCAAGCACUCGGAGGAACACAUGUCUCGCAUGGUAGUCAUCACUCCAGCAGGUCGUAAUUCCUCUUCCUCUCCUUCUUCCUUUGGAGACAGUGAUUACGAGGACAAACCAGUCUUGUUUUCCUUGCCCGAUAGCUUUCCAUCUUCGGAUGAGGCGGAUGGGGACAACUCACCAUCCAAACCAAGUUUGCGCAUGCUGACUCCCAAACCAUCACGGGCCAGCAACAAAAAGGCAAAGAGAUCAAAACUAUCACUCCCUACCGUGGUGACACCGCACAAGACGCAGCAUUCAGAAGCGAUAACGUCUGGAACGGGUCCAACCUUACCACUGCUAGUCGAAGUGGCGUGCGCCAUGGUCAAGAAAUAG